AUGGAUGUAAAUAUGUUUGCGGAUCUGCCCUUGCUGGAGCCCACUUCUUUGGCGGCCCUUCGAGAGUUUGGGAAUCAGCUAAUGUUGAAAGGGAUCACACAUUCUGCACAGUGCUCUUCGUCCGACUGUCCGGACACGACCUGUGGCAUCAGCAAAGACCUGAUCGAUCAUUUGGGGCGAUGUGCUGAGCCUCCACAUUCGUGUUGUCAAUGCGAACAGGUCGUGCAGGCGUUUAAUCAUCAUGCUCUGCAUUGCAGAGACCGUAGAUGUCAGGUAGGGAAACUUUGCUAUGAAAUCUCAAGAUUUAAGAUUGCCUCCCACCAAAUGUUAGCCUCAAAAAAAUAAUUUCUCAAUUUCCAGAUUCCCCCUUGCCGUGAGAUCCGGAAAUGGCAACGAGCGAUGAAGAAGUACAUGUAUCAACGAGUUCGCACCAUCAUCAACGACUCCGUAACGGAACUCCGACAACACGACGACAAAAUGGAGUACAGUGCGGCGAAUAGCACAAGCUCGGAGUACUCAUCCGCAUCAUCGUCGGUUUUCAAGUAG